AUGCGUUUCUACUGCCAGUGUCUCAAUGUUAGUAUUGAUGUAUUAGAAAUAAAUGAUGAUCAUCAGACGAUAACACAAUAUGUACCCGUUGAGUUAGUACAAGUUGUUAAUAUGCAACAAGAAUGGUUUCUAUGUGAUGUACCAUCCAAUCAAACGGUGUGUAUUACAUGGCAAAGUCUUCUUCAAUCAAUACCUGUGCGUGACAUGAAAUUGAACCGGUGCUUAGGAUGUCAUUUAUAUACCCACGUUACGAAUAUUGCUACAUGCCGGAUUUUGAUUAAUAAAGCUCUUUUGGAUGAGACAACCGCUAAAAAUAUAUAUCAUGAUCCAAGCUUUCCAAAAAUAGCCAGAAUCUUGUUGCCGAACACGGUGAACAGCAUAAAUAUACCACGUUUAUCGAAUUCACAAGAUGACAAUAUUCAACACGAUACGGAAGCAGCUCAACAAGCAUGUCGUCAAUCAAUAGCAGAUCUAGAACGCGAAACCGAAGAAAAGAUUCGGAUCUACCAACGAGAACAAGACGAAUUAUUAGAAAAAAAGACAGAAGCAUUAAACUCGGAACUAGAAAGAUUUCUAAGUUUAAUGCGGUCGGUAUCUCGACAUGCAACAAAUACAAAAGGUUCGCCAACAUUACAAUCAUCAAGUUCAUAUAUUAAUGAAAAUAGUACGGAAUCUGGAUUUGGCUCAGAUGUUUUUGAUGUAAAUUCAACAGAAUUUGGCCGACAUUCAUCAGCUAUUGAUCGUCCAUUAUCUGAACGAAAUACGAAUGUAGAUGAUGAAAUAAACGAUGACCCGAUGCUUGAUAAUCCAGGUUGGUUUGCCGACAGUAAUAGUGCAUCAAAUUUUGCAACGUCAUUACCACAAAAUAUUUCUUUGCCAGUUACAUCUUCAUUUUUCAUACCUCAUCAAGAGGACAAUGAUAGUGAUGAUAUUGAACGUAUUGGUAAAUCCUUUCGCGAUUUAAGCCGAUCAAUGUGUACAGAUGGUACCGAACUAUUUGGUGAACUUCCAUCGCCUAGACUUAAUGCUCGGCCAACGUGA